AUGUCAUCAGGAAGCCUCCCCAAGACCUACAAGGCGGCGGUCCUCGUCGGCCAGCAGAAGCCGCUCGAGAUUCAGGACCUCCCCAUUCCUGAGCUGAAAGAUGGCGAACUCUUGCUCAAAGUGCUGGCUUGCGGUGUUUGCCACAGCGAUCACCAUGUGCUCAAUGGCGAUAUGGGUCCACCCCAGAUCAAGUGUCUCGGCCACGAGUACGUAGGAGACAUCGUCUCCACCGCGCCUGGCGAGAAGAAGUGGAAGGUGGGUGACCGUGUGGGUGGCGCAUGGCAUGGUGGCCACGAUGGGACUUGCAAGGCUUGCAUGCGUGGGCAGUUCCAGAUGUGUCAGAACAAGACUGUCAAUGGUGUCUUUCGGGACGGUGGGUAUGGGCAGUAUGCUACUUUGAGGAGUGAGGCUGCGGUGGGUGCCAUUUUCAACCUCUCGCCAAAGAGUGGCGUCACCGUCUUCAACGGCAUGCGCAACAUGAAAGUCGUCGCCGGCGACACCGUCGCCAUCCAAGGCCUCGGCGGCCUCGGCCACCUCGCAAUCCAAUACGCCCGCAAAAUGGGCUACCGCACCGUCGCCCUUUCGCGAGGGACCGCAAAGAAGGACUUCGCCCUCAAGCUCGGCGCCACCGACUACAUCGACACCGAAGCGACCAACGUCGCCGAGGAGCUGCAGAAGAUGGGCGGCGCCGCUAUGAUCGCCGUCACUGCCCCGAACCCGGAUGUUAUUACGCCGCUUCUCGAGGGGCUGGCGCCGGCCGGAACGCUGUUGCUGUGGACGGCGAUUGGACCCGUACCGGUGAAUACUGUUCCUAUGGUGAUGAAUGCGUUGAAUGUGAGGGGGUGGCCGAGUGGACAUGCGAACGAUUCCGAGGAGGCGAUUGCGUUUGCCGAGACGCAUGGGGUGGAGUGUAUGAUUGAGAAGUUCCCGUUGGAGAAGGUCAAUGAGGCUAUGGAGCAUAUGCUCAGUGGAAAAGUUAGGUUCAGGGCGGUACUGACGAUGUAG